AUAAUCAAUCUGAGAAUAUUCUAAUCACCAAUCCUAUUGUUUCUGUAAGAAGAAGAAAGCCUUCUGGUAGAGUAAAAAGCAGUAUUGAAAUUCAAGAAUCAAGUACAGAAAAAUAUCACUAUUUGUCUAAUACUGAUAUCAAUAUUCAACAACCUGAUAAUAGAAAGCGAUAUAAAAUAUGUAGUGAAAAGAAUCAUAAUCGAGCUAUCU